AAAAAUGUAUUCAAUUGAGAUGUAAAUUACUGUCGCUUACUCUUCGUACUUAAAAAUCGAUUAAUUUAUUUUUCUCUCUUGUCCUCAUAUCCAUUCUAUGUAAAUAAUUAACUCUUGGUUCAACGGCUGCCUUGGCUAAAUGCCUAAGAGGCAUUCUAAUCACAAAAAUCUUGAGAGAUUUUCAAUAUUUUUCUUCUUUUCUUUUGUUUUCAUUAACACGAGAUUACUGAUUACUUUAGUCAACCAUAAUUGCGCGAGUCAAUUAGCAGAGCUACCUUAAAGCGUUCAUAGAAGAGAUCAAAUAUUUAAAAAAUAUUAGUGGAUUGCACAGUUAUUUUAUUAUUAUGUAUUUGUUGCGCUCCGUGAACAUUGCAAGUUACUCUGAAACUCUCUAACAUCUCUUAGGUUUCACAAAAAUAUAAAACAACUCGCAGCUAUGAUAUGACAAUAAAAAAAUGUUAUUAUUAUUAGUGCAAUUUCUGUUUGUUGAUCCGGUUUACCUUCAACACGAUUAAUAUGUAGCAUAAGUAUAAAAUCAGAUAGAAGGGCGCAACAAAAUCAAUAAAUUUAAGAAAAAUAAACCGUAUAUAUGUGUGUAUAUAAUUAAUUGAAAAUUAAUUAAAAUAUAAAUAAAGUGAAAUUAAAAUUAGUAAUAAAUAAAUGAAAUAAAAUGGCUUGGCCAAAGGAUAAAGAGGAGCCAUCUGCUCCCAACUCUAGUGCCGAGAAUAAUGCAAAAAUUUCCAUAAAAUCUAAUUUAACUAAAGCGGCAAUUAUAUCGUUGUACGCUAAUGAGAAUUCUCUUCAGCCCGUGACUGAAUUAAGUAUAUUCGGUAAACCGCCGGCUUUGAUACGUCAUCAACCUGUAGUAAAUCCUAAGACGGAGUCUCUAUCGGAUGGCGAAUUAUCUGAUUUUUCUUUAAAUGACACAGAGGAAGAAGAAGAAGAAUAUCGAAAUUACAUUUUAUUGAAUGGUAAUCAAACUGAAGUCUCCUCCAGCAAUCGUUUGGAUUCACCGUGCAGUCUACCUUUGAUAGCUUCGCCCCCUAUAUUUCAAACAGCUACGUCACCGGUAGAAGUGUACCCCAAAAAUGGUUUUGUUAUGGGGACCGUACGUAAAGUAUUUACCAAUACCCGUGAACGAUGGCGUCAACAAAAUGUGUCUAGCGCCUUUGCUGAGCUCCGGAAAUUGGUGCCAACUCAUCCACCCGAUAAAAAAUUAUCGAAAAACGAAAUUUUACGUUCAGCCAUCAAAUACAUAAAACUAUUAACCGGUAUACUCGAAUGGCAAAAAAACGAAGGGGAACAGCAUUUGCAACAGGAAGAAAAUGAGCCAAAUAAUAAUAAUAAUAACAAUAAUAAAAUGACAUUAAAUGGUCACGUUCUUGCUAAGGCUGUUUCCAAAUUAACGUCGCAACCUAUUCAGGCUCAAAGCUUACUUAUGAUAGCUCCAGUAGUAACCUUAACGGCCAAUCAUUUCAUUAAAACAGAGACCGUAGAACAAAAGGAUAACAAUACCAACAGUUUUUUGCGGGCAACCCCUACCCGCUCUUCGACAGUCAGCGCAGGAAAAAUCUCCAAAAAUCAAAAGCGUAAAGCUAGUGAAGUUAAUGCGGCAUUGAACGUUAAAGAGGAAACACUUAAAUUAAAAAAAGACAACAACUCAGAAGCGGUCGUUAGCUCAACAAGCAAUCGUCUAUAA